CAAGGCAACAGUUGACGCACAAAGAUCGGCUGUGUUGCUUCGGUCUCUGUAACACAGUCACCGUAAAAUAUAUUUUGUUUGACUUCGGUCGAGCGACGGACAGUAUUUCGCCUAACUGGAAUGUACCUGUGCUGAUAAACAGGAUGGACGGAGGUAUCCCCGAGGUUCCAGGUCCCUCUCUUCCCCUCUCCACUCUGCGCCUCCUGGUCCCACCAAUUCGUCUGGUCUCUGCCGCAAUCUGGCAGACAAUAGAGCAGAAAAUUGUGUCGGAUUAUGGGCUGCUGGAGGAGUUUGUAUUUAUGGUCACAGAGAUUGUUCCUCAGCUUCUCUCCACGAGGCAGCGCGCUGAACUCAUUUUGGGUCUAAGAGCACGGCUGAUCCUGGAGCUGUGUCGCUCUGAGGAGACUGCUGACCUCCAGAUUAUUCAGCCACAUCUUGACCGAAUGCAGAACCUCAGAUCUCUGUGGAACGUGGAGACUGAUAAUGCAGAACAAGAAGUGUCUGACUCACAUUUCAUGGGCCUUGUCCAAAACCUGCUGAGAGAUCCUGAAGAGAGAAGAAACUUCUUCCAGGAUGUUUUUCCAGGAGACUUUGGCCCCACAUAUGACAAAGCAAUCCAGACGCUGAUGUGGUUGUUUCUGUCCAGACUUGAAAAGCUUCUUCCCACUCAAACUCUCCAACAGAUUGCAUCUUUGCUCAGCAACGCCUCAUCUGUUCUGAGUGAAUGCAUGGAGACCUUUGCUCAACCUCAAGAGCUCAAAACCUUGCUGGACACUCAGAAAGACCUUAGUCAGUUAGAGGACAUUGAAUCUUACGUUGUUGACAGUGGCAUCCUGUCAGCUUUGUGUCUCCCUCCUGUCGAAAGAGUUGUGAUCGUCAAUGAACAAACAGAAACCGAUGCCGAGAGCGGACUCAUCUACACAGUCUGCACCGAGAUGGAGGUGGAAUCUGAGAACAAAGAAGUGUACGUGGAAGGAACUGGGAACUCGGAGGAGAGUGUGCAAAACCAGUGGUUUGGUCUCGGAAGUGAGGUGAAAGCAGAUAUGGACUCUGUGGUGGUUACAGAUUCUGUGGAAGGCACCGAGGCCACUGAGAGUGAAAUGGCCGACGACCAAUCUGGAACACUGAUCAUUGGGGAGGACGGCCAGGUGACUGUGCUGGACAGCGUGGAGAAAAAACCAAACAGACGAGGGAGGAAAAAGAAGCGACCCGCAGGGGACGAGGACUUCGAAGUGCAAAGCAGAACAAGGGACAGUCAAGAAGAACCAGAGUUUGAUGUUUCAUGGGAAAGACCAGUGCGAAAGAACCGUGGACUCAAGAUGAAACGGUACCUGUCACAGUGGAGGAAGUCUGGAAAAGCACAGGGCAGUAAUACUACAAAAAGCAGCCCUAAAAAGUUUACCAGAUUCCAAGGUACAAGCAAAAGCAAUGACUUGGAUGAGAGAACAUGCAAAGUGUGCGGCAAGGUGGUGAGUCGUGCCAAGUUCUUAGAGCGACACAUGAAUCAACACUCAGAGGAGCUCCCCUAUUCUUGUCCGGUGUGUAAAAGGUUUUACAAGAGCUUGCGGUACUUGCAGCAACACAGAUGUUCGAGUGUGGCCAAAGCAAAGCCUGGCAGGAAAGCAACGGAACAAGAGGCUACAGCAGAUGAAGGUGAACAAUCAUCCAGCGGGAUUCCCUGUGAGGCAACCAAUGAGGAGCAGCCGCCAGACAACACCGACCAGGACCCGGAUUACUCGCCGUCUGCAGAGCGGAAGUCUUCCAAAGAAUCAGGACAAAAAAGCCCAGAAGGAAACAAGAGUGUGAUAGAAGGUCCGUUCUACUGCCCCCACUGCAGCGUCGAGUUUAAGUGCAAACAAACGUUUAGGUUCCACUUAAGAAACAUUUGCUACAAUGAGCAGCAGGUGGACCCCGAGAAGCCCGAGGAUGUUAAACAUUGCUUCAGGUGUGACGAAUGUGACAAGGCAUUCAAAUACAAAUCAACAUUGGAUUCCCACAAACAGACUCACAACCCGCUCUACUGUGAGGUUUGUAUGAAACUGGUACGUGACCCAGAGGCGCUGGCAAUGCACAAAGAAUCCCACACGCCAUUUCAGUGUAACCAGUGUGAGGAAAACUUCCCCGUGUUCAAGGCCCUUCACAAGCACUACAUCGACGUCCAUAAUCCCACUGAACCUUUUACUUGCACCCACUGUCAGACAACUUUUGCCAGUCUGAAGCGUUUCAUCAGACACGAAUGGAAACACACUGGUUACCAACCAUUUCAGUGCCCUCAUUGCAGUAAAAGGUUCAGAUCAUACUCUGAUCUUGUGGAGCACCAGAAAAAACACACUAAAGCGUAUCCAUUCCUCUGCUGGGAGUGUGGCAAAAAAUUCAGGCAUGGCGUAACUCUGACGAGACACGUGGAGCGAGUGCAUCAUUCCGGGGAGCCCGUAACCGAGAAACCCCUGCCCACCUUCACCUGCGCUCAGUGCGGGAAGACCUUCACUUCUAGAAGAUGCCUUCUGAAACAUGACAAUUUCCAUCACAAAGGGCUGCGUUUCCCAUGUGAGCACUGUGGGAAGGGAUUCUUUGGCAAGGACGCGCUGGUGAGGCACACUUUGAUUCACACGGGCGAAAGGCCUUUCAAGUGCGACGACUGCGAUAAGUCCUUCAGGUCCGCUGCAGAAUUAAAGAUACACAGGAGGUACCAUACUGGGGAAAGACCAUUUAAGUGCAGCAUCUGUGAAAAAGGUUUCGUCCAGUCCUGCUUUCUUACCUUACACAUGCGAACCCACACAGGAGAGAGACCAUAUGUUUGUACAGUGUGUAGCAAGGGCUUUUCAAGCUUACAUGGCCUAAAAAGACACAGGAGGCUUGUUCAUGCGUAGAUAGUGUUAACAUGAUACAAAUUUUCAUAUGGAUGUUCUGUUCAAUGUUCCUGUAUUGAAGGAGGUUGGAGGUCAGCAUCAACUGAAAACUAGAACUCUUGUUCGAGGACACUUCAGCUGUGCGAAUGCCGACUCAGACGGGGAAUUAAAACCAGGUUUUCCAGUCGAAGGACAGUUUCCAUAACAUGUUAGCCACAUUGUUACCUCUGUGGCUGCCACAGCCUGGAUUGUUAGGAACUGUGUAUAGUGCAUUAUAAAAAUGUGACUGUAUUUUUUACAGAAAUAUUUGCUGUAGUUCUACAUAAGAUUUGUAUGUAUAAACGAUAUGAACCUUAAUUCCUUUGGGAAUUGAUUUCUUCUUGAAUAAAUUGAACAUUUGA